AUGUUACUAAGCAAGAUAACAUUGACUCUUCAGCUCUUGCAUUUCUACAAUGCUUUGACGCUUCCAGUUUCGCAGUCAAGCCAUCUCGUAAAAAGAAUGGAAGCGCAGGAGGGAGUUGCCCAGGGAGUCGUAAAAGUUUUGGACCAAGGCCAAGUAAGACCUGGAGGCAGGUCCAUGGUUGCCGAAUCUUCAUCUAGUCAUCCAUCACCUUCGUUGAAUUUAGAAGAAUCCAGCCGAGACAGUUACCACUCUCAAGAUGCAAUUGGACAGAACGGGGCUGGAUCCAGCAAGCAAACUGUCAUUAUAGAUAGGCCUGAGGAAGAAAAUGUUCAAUUCAGAGAUGCGAGAGAGGUAUCUGACCACCUUGGAGAGAAUGUGCCACCGGGACAUUCUUCUGAAUCGUCAUCCAGACCCGUAAUAGAAUCCGGAGGUCUACGACGAGCGGGCAUCAACAUUCUAUCUGUUUCCCUAGAAAACCGGAGAAUAAGAAUUGCGAGCAAGGCUGAGCGCUUCAAAAAGAGGAUUUCGGAUCAGAAGAAAAAGAUAGUCGCAUCUAUUGACGGCAAGGUGAACGAAAUUAGCGAAAGGAACAAGCAAAUUGAGGAAGAGCGUCUGAAAUUAAAAUUACCAUCAGCAGAAUGA